UGGAAGGGGAUAAAAAAACACCAGAAACUGUGUCUUGACUACGCUACAUCUUUUAACCGAUCAAGUUACUGACCGCAAGUACAGGGACGAUUAUUCCCAGAUGGCUGCGCUUCGUCGGAAGGCAAUGCUGCUUGUUCUCCAUUGGAAGGCGAUGGCCCUCCAGGAGUUUGCUUCACUUGAUGGUACCUUGGUUGCUGGUGGCUGGGCGGUUGGUCUCGAUGAGGUGAAGCUGCUGCCAUGGGCCGUUGCCGAGUCAGCUGCUGGUCGAGUCGGUGCAGUCCCCAAGAAUGCUGCGGAGUCUUGCUCUUCGCUAUCACAUAGCCAAGUGAUUCUGGCAAGCCCCGAAGGCGCAUCGAUUGGUAGCGAGACGUUUGCAGAAGAUACUUGCGCCUUGGCACUUGAGGUCUUUGUUAGGUGCUAG